GAUGGUGUUCAUCUGGUGCAUUGGUAGAACUAAUAAAGGAAUGCAAACUCACAAUUAGAAAAACUCCUUCCAACAACACAACAGGACCAAAACAAAGUACUAACAUUCAGAGCAUUAAUAUUCGAGGAAAUCAAUCAACACACCUUUGCCACCAUUCAACUGGCAUGCACCAAAAAUCACAAUACUGCCCAGCACACAUCUUUCAUUAUUAA